GCUGCUUUGAGAACAGAAUUGAAUUAACAUUCAAAAGAGCACCGACAUGAAAAUUGGAACCAUGUUGUUUAAGACGAUAGUAGUUUUGACCCUCCGCUUUUUAAAAGAAGUUUAUGCUGUGCAAUGUACCGAACCAGCAUUGUCAAUGUGCGAUUGUAGUGGACUAGAAGUUGACUGUUCGACAAGAAAUUUAGCACAAAUUCCAAGUAAUAUUCCUACAGAUACAACAAGCUUAUUGCUAUAUGAAAAUAACAUUCAGUCGAUAGAUAACACAUCAUUAUCUGCAUUAACAUCGCUUGAGAAUUUAGAUUUUGACUACAACGAAAUUUCGAGUAUUGAAGCUGGUGCGUUCUCUAGUCUUAGGUCUUUGUCAAUUUUAACCGUAGACAACAAUAAAUUAACCAGCAUAAAACCCGAUACAUUCAAAAGUCUUGGAUCAUUGCGAGAAUUAAAUUUAGAAUAUAACAAGUUGACAACGGUAUCAGCUAGUAUAUUUGCAGAUUUGACAGCUUUAGAAUAUUUAUAUCUUGGCUAUAACCCAUUGAUAUGCUGUACAAUGGCUGAUUUGAUUGACUGGUCGUCUAAUCAAACCAGGCUUCGGGACUUCGACGGCGAUUGCACUGAUUUUAAAACAAAUACUGAUUUAGAUGCAUUUGAUGUAUCAAAGUGUCCAGUUGAUGGCGAAUGGAGUUCCUGGUCGAACUCAACAUGUUCCGUCACAUGUGGAAACGGUAUUCUUUCCAGAAAUCAAACUUGUGACAAUCCAGUACCUUCCGCGGGUGGAAAAGCUUGUAAUGGAUCGAGUGUAGAUUCAUCAGAUUGCAGUUUAAGUGAUUGUCCAGUUGAUGGCGAAUGGAGUUCCUGGUCGAACUCAACAUGUUCCGUCACAUGUGGAAACGGAAUUCUUUCCAGAAAUCGAACUUGUGACAGCCCAGUACCUUCCGCGGGUGGAAAAACUUGUAAUGGAUCGAGUGUAGAUACAUCGGAUUGCAGCCUAAGUGAUUGUCCAGUUGAUGGUCAUUGGGGUUCCUGGUCGACUGGACCAUGUUCUGUCACAUGUGGUAAUGGUAUAAGAUAUAGACAGAGAAGUUGUGACAGCCCACCAGCUUCUAACAAUGGACAAUAUUGUAUUGGUUCUAGCACAGUCUCCGUAAUCUGUACCUUAGGAGUAUGUCCAGAAUCAUGUAAAGAAUCAGAAAAGAAACUAGAAUCAAAGAAAAUGAAAGCAAGAAAAUGGAAAAGAUAUCAGAAUAGAAAACUGAAUAGAAGAACAGAUACAAACAACAACUAACGUGCACUACAAGUUUGUCUUGUAACUUAGGGAAGAUGCAAGACAAUGGAUUUAUUUCUCGAAUAAAUUCAGAGGGAUUUUAUGAAUAAUCUAUGUUUUGUCUGAGAUUGCUAAUUAUUUGCUAUGAGUUAUCUUUUCCUUCUUUAUUAUAUCUUAUUUGAACAAUGUUUUUGGUAGGUCUACAUCAAAGUGACUGAUAAUUUGCAUGCUUAAAACUACUGAUCUAUAUUUUACUAUAUGAAACUUCAACUA